UGCCUGCUAGUGGCAACAUUCAAGGCUGGUUUGGAAGCCGCCACUGAAACUUUGGUUGGCCACAGGCCGUCCCACCUCGGAAUAUUCUACACCCAAACCUAAAAGCGGCUACGAGCUGUGAGGACGUGCAAGAAACCGUUGCGGCCAAGUUUCCGUUUCCUCCCAGGCCCUCAAGCGACCCAAAUUCUGGCUGCGCUGCUGGCUGGCGAAAGCAAUGACGAGCCCACAUCCCCCGCCGUUAUGGACAUGACAGAAAAACCCGGCACCUAGAAACAGUAGCCGGCGAAAACGAGCAUAGCGACGAACGCGAUCCUGCCGCAAUCCAUUAUUUCGACCUUAUCUUCUAGAUAUCCGACCCCUUGAACUUUCAGAGACAAUUGGACAUUCGCCAAGAUGCAGGGCUUUAAUAUGGGGCGCUACGUCCCGCCGGACCAGGAGGGCUUCGUGUCGGGCAACAAGCUGAACAAGAAGCACGCCCUCGGCGCGCGCGCAGCCAAGCUGGCGUCGCAGGGCAUCCUGACAGUGCGGUUCGAGAUGCCGUUUGCCGUGUGGUGCGAACACUGCCCGAAGCCGACCGUCAUCGGCCAGGGCGUGCGCUUCAACGCCGAGAAAAAGCGCGUGGGCAGCUACUUCACAACGCCAAUCUGGUCCUUCCGCAUGCGUCACACAGCCUGCGGCGGCGAGAUAGAUAUCCACACGGACCCCCAGAACACGGCAUACAUCGUUGUAUCGGGCGGCAAGCGUCGCGACACGGGCGGCGACAACGACGACAGCCUAGUCAAGGCGGGCGAGUUCGCCAUCACGACGGCAGCGGAGCGCGCCGAGCAGCGCGAGACGGCGUUCGGAAAGCUCGAACAGACCAUUGCCGACCGCCAGCGGCUGCUCGAUGCAACGCACCGCGUAGGCGAGCUUCACGACGCCGCGGCGCGCCAGUGGGACGACCCUUACUUCCAGAACCAGCGGCUGCGGAAGGCGUUCCGCGUCGGGCGCCACGAAAGGGAGAAGGACGCGGCGGCCACGGAGGACCUGCAAGACCGGAUGAGCUUGGGGAUCGAGCUACUGCCAGGUACCGAGGACGACGCUCGACGGGCCGCCCUAAUUGACUUUGGUGGGCCUGACAUGGAAAACGACGGCCCAGUCGCAAAGGCCCUGGCGCGGCCGCUAUUUGAGAGAACGACGGCAACUGACCGCCAAGGGAAGCAAAAGGUCGGCGAUGAAGGAAGACGAAGUCGCAACGUCGCUCUGGAAUCGAAAAAGACGGCGCAGAGAAAGCUGAAAGCCGAGAUGGCCGUUUCCAAGAUGCGCGAGAGCCUCGUCUCGGAGAUCGUCGGGAACACCAGGGCAGCACGGGAUCCCUUCCUCGACUUUGGUCACAGCAAAGACAAAGAUGCGCCGAAAGGGACAGUCUUGAUCCCGGGGCUCAAGAGGAAACGGGCGCCCGAAGAGGUGCCGGGCCGCCCUCCAGAUGGUGCCCAGGAGCCUCCGAAAGUUGUGGCCGAAACCACUACUACAACUACCACUAACGCACUGGUAAACUAUAAUUCUGAUUCAGACUAGGUCGAGAAACGAGUUAAUGGCGACCCUAGACUAAUGACUUUAGAUAUUUUACUGCUCUUUUAUUAUCGUGUCAUGUAUAUAUACAUAUAUAGGCGGGAGACGCAAAACAAUGAUACCCAUGGGCGGACUAUUACGAGGUUAUUCCAUCAUUCACUCGAAACCCAGCUCGAGUUACCGAAACUAUCACCGCUCUCGUAGGCUGAAGUAACAGGCAUAUUGACAAACCAGAACAAUCCUUCAAGGGAUGGGAUGGG